UAUAAGUCACUUUAAAUGAGAGGCAUAUGUAACAUAAGUAAUCAGUCCUCAGGAAGUAAUAAUCUCUCUCUCCCUCUGCCCACAGUGUGCCCGUCCACAUGCAAGCACCGUGCCUGCACUAAAGAUAACGAGUGCUGCCAUGAGCAGUGUCUGGGAGGCUGUUCGGAGCGCGACUCACCAAGCAAAUGUGUGGCCUGCCGCAAUUACAUGCACAAUAACACCUGCGUGGACAAGUGCCCGGCUGGAUUCUACACCUUCAAGGGUUGGCGCUGCGUUAACUUCAGCUUUUGCCAGGAGCUUCACAACAAGUGCAAGCAGGGCAAAGGUGACUGCCACGAGUACGUCAUCCACAACAGUGCCUGCAUUCCAGAGUGCCCUUCUGGGUACACUACUGUGAACUCCACUACGUUGAACUGCACGCCUUGUGCUGGCCUCUGUCCUAAAGUGUGCAUGGGGCUGAAGACAGUGGACUCGGUCACAACGGCUCAGGCUCUGAGAGGAUGCACUGUGCUCAACGGCAGUUUGGUUAUCAACAUCCGUGGAGGGAAUAACAUUGCCGCAGAGCUGGAGGCUAACCUGGGACAGCUGGAGGAGAUCACUGGCUACCUUACAGUGCGACGCUCCUACGCCCUCAUCUCUCUUUCUUUCCUCCGUAAGCUCAGAGUCAUCCGGGGAGAGACACAAGAAGUCGGGAACUAUUCAUUCUACGCUCUUGAUAACCAGAACCUGCGUCAGCUGUGGGACUGGACCAACCACAACCUGACCAUCCUGCAGGGUCGAAUGUUCUUCCAUCACAACUCCAAACUCUGCAUGUCGGAGAUCCGGAAGAUGGAGGAGGUGACAGGCACUAAGAACCGGCAGAUUAAAAAUGACAUUGCCUCAAAGACCAAUGGAGAUCAGGCAUCAUGUGAGAGCCAGGUGUUGAAGUUCACUCAGGUUCGCACACUUUCAGACAAGAUAAUCAUUAAAUGGGAGCCUUUCUGGCCGCCAGAUUUUCGAGACUUGCUGGGGUUCAUGGUUUUAUACAAGGAGGCGCCUUACAAGAAUGUGACUGAGUUUGAUGGCCAGGAUGCAUGUGGCUCUAACAGCUGGGUGAUAGCAGAUGUGGAUCCUCCGCCUCGUGCUACAGAGGGAAAAGAACAGCAGGAGCCUGGAUACCUCAUCCUCCCUCUGAAACCAUGGACACAGUACGCCAUCAUGGUCAAAACCCAGCUCUCUGCUUCUGAUGAGAACCAGGUCCAUGGAGCAAAGAGCGAGAUCAUCUAUGUCCGCACCAAUGCUACCAAACCCUCUGUACCUCUGGACCCUAUAUCCUCCUCUAACUCGUCAUCACAGAUCAUACUGAAAUGGAAGCCCCCUAAUGACCCAAAUGGCAACAUCACACACUAUCUGGUCUUCUGUCAGCAGCAACCAGAGGCCAGCGAGCUCUAUAAGUUUGACUACUGUCAAAAAGGUAUGAAGCUGCCCACCAGAGCCCCCACACAAGUAGAUAAUGAAGAGGAACAGAAGUGGAACCAGACAGAGGAGCAAGGCCAAGGUAGCCGCUGCUGUUCCUGCCCCAAAACAGAGAAAGAGCUGAAGAAAGAGGCGGAGGAGACAGAGUACCGUAAAACUUUUGAGAACUACCUCCAUAAUGAAGUCUUUGAGCUCAGGACAUCAAGACAGCGCAGAUCUCUUAUGGGUGUGGCCAAUAGGACCACUUCUCGUCUCUUCACCACGCCCUCUUCACUGCCCAAUAGCUCUCUCACUCUUAGCCCAGAGGAGGAACCAGAAGCCAAUAAGAUUUCACUGUUUGUUUAUGCCAAAGAGUCCACGGUCAUUUCCAAUCUACGUCAUUUCACCAGCUACCAGAUAGAAAUCCACGCCUGCAACCACCCGACUGACCCUGCCCGCUGCAGCAUGGCAGCAUACGUCAGUGCCCGCACCAUGCCUGAAGACAUGGCAGAUGAUAUUGUGGGGCCGAUUACCUAUGAAGUGUCAGAGUACUCUGUACACAUUAUGUGGAUGGAGCCUAAGGCCCCUAAUGGCAUGAUUAUUCUCUAUGAAGUCCAUUACAAGAGACUGGGAGACACAGAGGAACUGCACCACUGUGUGUCCAGAAAUAAUUAUAUUGCUGAUGGAGGCUGCAAGCUCAGAGUGGUGCAUCCUGGGAACUAUACAGUACGGAUCAGAGCAACCUCCCUGGCUGGCAAUGGAUCGUGGACCGAGCCAACACACUUCUAUGUGCAAGACCUACGUGUGGACCCAUCAAACAUGCUGAAGAUUGUGAUUGGUCCAGUGAUCUGUGUAUUUCUGCUCCUGCUGAUGGGAGGGGUGGGCUUUUUCAUGUUUAAGAAGAAACAAACAGAAGGGCCAACUGGACGCCUUUACACCUCACCCAAUCCAGAAUAUUUCAGCCCAGAUGAGGUGUAUGAGCCGGAUGAGUGGGAGGUGCUACGUGAAAAGAUUAAUCUGCUGCGAGAACUGGGCCAGGGAUCUUUUGGCAUGGUGUAUGAAGGCAUCGGAAAGGACAUAGUUAAAGGUGAACCGCAGACUCGUGUAGCAGUGAAGACGGUUAACGAGUCAGCCAGCCUCAGAGAGAGGAUUGAGUUCCUCAACGAAGCUUCUGUAAUGAAGGCAUUCAGCUGCCAUCAUGUGGUGAGGCUGCUAGGUGUGGUAUCUAAAGGUCAGCCCACACUGGUAGUUAUGGAGCUCAUGACACAUGGAGACCUGAAAAGUUACCUGCGUUCUCUCAGACCUGACUCUGAGAAUAACCCAGGCCGGCCUCCUCCAACUCUGAAAGAGAUGAUUCAAAUGGCCGCGGAGAUAGCAGAUGGCAUGGCAUACCUGAACGCCAAGAAGUUUGUGCACCGAGACCUUGCUGCCAGGAACUGCAUGGUGGCAGACGAUCUUACUGUAAAAAUUGGAGAUUUUGGCAUGACAAGAGACAUCUAUGAGACAGAUUACUACAGGAAGGGUGGGAAGGGCCUGCUUCCUGUGAGAUGGAUGGCCCCUGAGUCGCUGAAGGAUGGAGUCUUCACCGCUCACUCAGACUGCUGGUCAUUCGGCGUGGUGUUAUGGGAGAUCAGUACUCUGGCUGAGCAGCCCUACCAGGGCCUAUCCAAUGAACAGGUUCUUAAGUUUGUGAUGGAAGGAGGAUACCUAGACAGACCAGACAACUGCGCAGACAGAUUGCAUACCCUGAUGCAGAUGUGCUGGCAUUACAGUCCGAAAAUGAGGCCCAUCUUCCAGGAGAUCAUCGAGAUGCUCCGGGAUGAUGUGCAUCCCUCGUUUCAAGAGGUCUCCUUCUUCUACAGUGAGGAAAACAAGCCACCUGAGACCGAAGAGUUUGAUAUGGACCUGGAGAACAUGGAGAGCAUCCCACUGGACCCUUCCUCAUACUCUCAGAGGGAGUGUUAUUUAGAUGGGGAUGAGGGCUCGUCGGUGGGCCUACGAGGGAGUUACGAGGAGCACAUGCCGUACACACAUAUGAACGGCAGCAAAAAAAACGGACGCAUCUUAUCCCUACCCCGGUCUAACCCCUCUUAAUAUUACUUAACCCCAACAAGCUAUAUUCGAUUGUUUUUGUCAUUUUAUAGAUUGACUUUUAUCAUGCUCUAUAUCAGAACCCCUCAGAAAGCAAUCUCAGGACAUUAGUUCUCUGCUGCUUCGGUAUGAUGAUGAUACUGGGCACAGGCGUUAUUUUGUACUAAAAGAAGAAAAUACACAUCAACUGCUUCUUUCCUGUCAUAUUGUUUUUAAUUUUGAACAUUGCCAAGUUUCAAAGACUGGUCAAAUGGAACAAACUGUGAAAUUAACCUCAACCACAACCAGAAGGCUGCUUUAAACCUUGCAUCUCCUCAGACUCUCCUUUCAUAUCCAACACGGCUGUGUCUCGUUUGGAAGGCUUCAUGCUAGGUAGGACGUGUCCUUUGAAGGCUGCAGUAUACUGAGUGCCCUCUAAACAAGCCUAUUUUAAAAGAGACUGCCUUUAUAGGACAAAUGCUAACAGAACGUAACAUGGUUGCUAUGACAUCACGGCACUCUUUAACAAGCGCGAGUGAUUUGAGUGAGAAGGGAUCAAAGUCCCUCCUGAAGGGAAUGCAUGAGGUACAUUUUAGAAGAGUUAUAAUGAUAUAAAGAGAAAAGAAAAUAGAUUUUACAGUUGUACUUUUAGUCUAAUACUUUUUUUAAUUAUAUAUUAAUAUAAUUAUACAUAUUAUAUACUCUGCACCCAUCUACUGAGGUACUUCAACUUGGGAAUUAACAUACCUUGCUUUUGAACAUCAUAUUUAAAGGCAAAUUGGCAUAAUUGUUUUAGACAUUUCCAUUGAAGCAAAGAAUUGUGGGUUGAGUGCGCCCACGAAGGAUACACCUCAUGCAUCCUCCGAAUUCCCGUGAAAGAAGGUCUCAUUCGAAGUGUCCUCCUUGAUUUUCUCAAACGAGACAGCCUCGAUGACUUAUGCGGCUGACAAAUCCGACCUCCGGAGGACACAUCCUUCCAAAUGAGACGCAGCCUUUGAUUCUCCACACACACACACACAAAAGAAGAAUUUAAGAAAAAGAAAAAGUGGCCUUACGUUGUUUGUGGCCUAUGUCAUUACUACAUGGAGUUGUGUCUGAAUAUGUACACUCUAGGUGUUGGUGGCAAACUUGUUGAACUUGGGAACUGUAGGAUAAACUUUAGUGUCCUUCCAAGAGCGAACUUUCUACAGGGGAAGCCUGCUUUUCUACCUGCUACUCAGUAUUCCAGACAACACACAGAACGAAAAGAUUUUUGGUCUCUAUUUUUUUAUUUAUUUACUUUUCUGUGCUUUUUUUUUUUUUUCUGGUGUUCACACAUUUACAGCUGAAGGAUAUUUAAACUAUUUUCAGGACUUUUGACUUAAAGAGUUCCUCAGAUUGACCAAUAGUUGCUGCUUUGAUAUAUUUUAGUGGGUAGAUGAUGAUAAAAGUAUAUAUAAAUAUAUAUUAUUGAUGUUUUUUGUACAUAGUUGAUAUGUCGUCAUUCAAGAGUUCUUGCCGGUUGUAGAAUUUUUUUUACAUGUUUGUCUUGAAUCUUUAUUUUUUCUAAUCCAAAAAUUCAUACUAAUCAUCCUGGACCUCUGAUCAACCAGCAGCUCCAAGAUGCACUGGAGUAUUAUAGACGCCUUGGGCUUCAGAUGUCAAAUCUCGAUAUCAAUGGAAAAAACUGCUGUAAAUAAAGCAGUGAGGUGCAUUCAAGAAGAGCCGAUGGACGUGUAUCUGUCGUUUUUAUCAUAGUUGCAUAGUACUGUAUAGAAACACUAAAAAGAGAUGUUUCUUGAGUAGAAUUGUGUGAGCAUGUCUAUCAAAGCACAAAUGCAAUCUAAUUGACAUAUUUUCUGUACUGCAGCUCCAGGUUUUACAUUGCAUCAUUCACACACUAUGUGAUGAUAAAGCUUUGCACAGACUUAUAGUAAAAAAUACAGAUCCAGGUUCAUAACUUACACCUGCAUAGUGUAUAUGCUGUAAUGUAAUCUCAGUGGUGUCUGGGACAUCUGAAAUAAAUUUGGACCAAUAAUCAAGUGUAAAAACAAAAAUGUCAUCAUAAAUGUUAGAAUGUUGUCAGGAUCCUUGUGUCAAUUCUUAAAGAAAUAGUUCACAAAAGUUACAAUUCUAUUAUUAUUUACUUACUGUCUUAUACUUAAAGGGAUAGUUCACCCAAAAAUGGAAAUUCUCUCAAUCAUUUACUCGCCCUCAAGCCAUUUGAGGAUUGUAUGACUUUCUUCUGCAAAACACAAAUAUUUUUAGAAGAAUAUCUCUGUAGGUUCAUUAAGUGCAAGUGAAUGGUGAUCAGAAAUUUCAAGCUCCAGAAAUCACAUAAAAGCAGCAUUAAAGUAAUCCAUAUGAAUCCUGUGGUUAAAUCUAUGUCUUAAAAUGAUGAUUGGUGUGGGUGAGAAACAGAUGAAUAUUUAAGUCCUUUUUUUACAGUAAAUCUGUAUAAUAAAAAUUUAUCUGUUUCUCACCCAAAGGGAUUGCAUUGCUUCAGAAGACAUACAUCGAUCAGCCACAACAUUUAAACCACCUGCCUAAUAUUGUGUAGGUGCCCUUUGUGCCGCCAAAACAGCACCAACCCGCAUCUCAGAAUAGCAUUCAGAUGUGAUAUACUUCUCAUCACAAUUUUACAGAGCGGUUAUCUGAGUUACUGGUCUGGCCAUUCUCUGUUGACCUCUCUCAUCAGUAAGGCAUUUCUGUCCACAUCACUUUUGAACUUCUAGAGACUGUUGUGUGUGUGAAAAUCCCAGGAGAUCAGCGGUUACAGAAAUAAUCAAACCAGCCCGUCUGGCACCAAUAUUACUUUUACGCUGCCUUUAUGUGGACGAAUCCUUCCAAACGAGACACAGCCUUACUGUAUGUUGGGAAAAAUGACAGCUUAUUUUAAUAAAGCAAAAGCUACAGUAAUGAUUAGGCUAUAUUGUUACUGACAUUUUAAAAUUAGUAUUUGCUGAAUAUAAGGAACUUGUGUUUGGUUAAAAUGUUGUAUAUUAUAUUAUUUAAAACAACCCAUUGAAUCCAGGUAUCAAAUAUGAUGCAACAAGCUUUUGAGGUAAAUCUCUCAAUCACCAUUAUAUUCAAUUCAUGCCCGCCACAAUAAAAAAAAUAAGUUAAAAUAAUAAUAAAAAAAUCACAUACAAGCUAUUAUAAUUUCAUCUUACCAUAAGGUCCUGAGACCCAGUGAAAAUGUUUUUACCAUUUACCUUAUUUAAAUGUCAAUAUAGUGUUUGGUGCCUAAAAUACAUAUGAUAAAAAUUGUUUAUUGAAAAAAUAUAUAUAUUAUAUUCAUAUUGUAUUUGAUGUGCUGAACUGAACUGUGAAACAUUUCAAUCCAUAUUUAUAGAUCAAGGAGAGGAAGUUGUCAUGGCCAAACUCUCAAACAUUUAGUAUCUCUGAAAAGCCCAUGCAGGGAGUCUGAUAAUACCCCAAGAUUUACCACUGUAGGAUGUAUGGGCUAAGAAAAACUUAAAUAAAAAAUGUUCUACACAAAAAUGAAUUGCUAUGCCUCAGUAUGAUAAUGACCUUUAAAGCCUUAUGUAUCAAAUAUGAUACUUAAAAAAAUAAAUCUUUUUUUUAGAAAAGUAUGUAAUUGUCCCUGUAAUAAGUGCACUGUAAGUCGCCAAAUGCAUAAAUGUAAAUGUAGUUGGUCUAAUGAUACUAAAACUGUUUAAUGUAAUAUAUAUAUAUUCUGACAAUUCUUUCAUAUGUCAAGGGUUAAUAUUUUAAUUUGAUUAAAUAAUUGAUAGGAGCAGAAAAGGCUAUAAAUUAUAUCUAUAACAAGUAAAGCAGUGUAACCAAGCAAACUUAUUGAUGAAGACUGAACAAAAUUUAUAGCAGAUUUUUAUUUUUAUAUAGAGGGCCAUAGCUUGUGGGGUGAAAGGUGGUAACAAUUGUAGGGGCCAGAAUACCUUGCUACAGUCCUGAGUAAAUAUACGGUAGGGUACAAUGAGGCAAAAGGCUCCUUUGAUUUUAUUUUCUCCCAAAACACGAAAUAACAACAAAAACUUCCACAGGACUUUCCUGAACACCUGUUUGUCACUAUACACUGCAAAUAUUCCUGAUCCAUUAGAUCAUUGCAUGUGUUGUAUUUUGACGCAACUUGAUCUACUUUUUAAUGGUUUUAUUUAUUUUUUAAAUAAAAACAUAUUUUUUUUUAAAUGUUGCACAUUUAU